AUGACCAUUGGAUCAGUGCCAGUGGCACCUCCGAAUCCAUUCCAGGGAUUAAUCGAUCACCGCAAUAACGAUGCACACCAAUUGCAAAUUGCCUAUACCAUUCAUAGAUCAAACAGAAAUCGAGUCUUCCGAAACCAGCUCCUGCAAGCUGAUUUCUGUGACUGGAAAGACGACGAAAUCUUACGCCAGGUCCUCGAAGCAGAGAAAGCAUCGACAGGCUUUGUCGACCCAAGACACAACAUUGCUUUCUGGGCACGACCGCCUCAGCAUAUUCGAGACUUAAUCUACAAUAUCCAGCAGGAGCUUGCUCCCUUAGCUGGACCAGGCCUCUGGCUCGUCCCACCAGACUACCUGCACAUGACCACACUCGAAAUCAGAUCGGAACUGACAGGCCCUGAGGUCAAUGAGAUCUGCUCUUCUCUUGAACAGAGUGGGUCUCUCCAAGAGCUGAUAAACUACACCCUUACCCACAGGGCGCGGCUAGUCAAGCCAAUAGUUAGCAUUGACACUUCUGCUGUUGCCUUGAGCUUUUUACCAGCUGCUGCCGAUGGAACAAGUAGUACGUAUGGUGGGAAAGAUGAUACAUUCACAUAUCACCACCUGCGGCGUGAUCUCUACGACAUCGUGACUCGUUCUGGCUGUCCAAUUUCAGCUCGAUACACACUUCCAUCUGCACACGUCACUAUUGCUCGUUUUGUUCAGCCUGAUGGCUCCAAAACGGACUCCAGGGUAAAUGAAAAUUACGCUGCAAACCUCGUUUCUAAGAUCGACGAUAUCAAUGAGAGGCUCGACUCAAGUGACGGUGCGGUCAAGGGAGACUGGGUCAUUGGACAUGAGAAGGGGUUGGAAUUGAUGAAAGGCCGGACAUGGCAACAAGGGCCUGAUGACUCAUCCACACUUGGCGAUUUGCCUAAAGCGGCUAGCGCCCACCCGAUAGGGCCUAAGCGAGCACAAUCCCACAACCCAACAAUCGAUCUUGCUCUCCUCCGACAAGCGACAAUCCAACGACCACCACCCAGCUAUCCGGCCAAGUCAGUCAAAAUGGUCAACAUCCCCAAAACCCGCCGGACGUACUGCAAGUCCAAGGAGUGCCACAAGCACACCCAGCACAAGGUCACCCAGUACAAGGCUGGCAAGGCCUCCCUUUUCGCUCAGGGUAAGCGCCGUUACGACCGGAAGCAGAGUGGUUACGGUGGUCAGACCAAGCCUGUCUUCCACAAGAAGGCUAAGACCACCAAGAAGGUUGUCCUGCGUCUUGAGUGCACUGCCUGCAAGGCCAAGAAGCAGCUCGCCCUGAAGCGUUGCAAGCACUUCGAGCUGGGUGGUGACAAGAAGACCAAGGGUGCUGCCCUCGUUUUCUAA